AUGGAGGCUGUGCGAAGGCUCAUCCCUUUGGCCCUUCUCAUUGUGCCGUGUCUGGCCGAGUUGAAUUCGACUGAGCCUGAAGGCAAAUCAAGCUGCAGUGCCAGCCUGGGGGGCUCCAACGUGGCAGAGACCCACAGAGCCCUGAUCCUACAGCUCAAUCCCAGUGAGGACUGCACCUGGACACUAGAAAGACCAGAAAACAAAAGCAUCAGAAUCAUCUUUUCGAACUUGCAGCUUGAUCCAGAUGGAAGUUGUGAAAGUGAAAACAUUCAAGUUUUUGAUGGGAACUCUACUAAGGGGUCUCUGCUAGGGAAAGUGUGCAGUAAAAAUGACUACAUUCCUGUAUUUGAAUCAUCAUUCGAUACAUUGACGGUUCAAAUAGUCACCGACGCUGCAAGAAUUCAAAGAAGUGUUUUCAUUUUCUACUACUACUUCUCUUCUGACACCUCUAUUCCGAACUGUGGGGGUUAUCUGGACACUUUGGAAGGUUCCUUCACCAGCCCCAAUUACCCAAAACCACACCCUGAGCUGGCCUAUUGUGUGUGGCACAUUCAAGUGGAGAAAGGUUACAAGAUAAAAUUAAACUUCAAAGAGAUUUUCCUAGAAGUGGACGAGCACUGCAGAUUUGAUUUUGUUGCUGUCUAUGACGGCUCCUCCACCACCUCUGGCCUGAUUGCACAAGUGUGUGGCCUUGUGAAGCCCACCUUCGAAUCCUCAUCAGACUCGUUGACUGUCGUGCUGUCUACGGAUUACGCCAACUCCUACCGGGGCUUUUCUGCUUCCUACACUUCGAUUUAUAUGGAAAAUGUCAACACUACAUCUUUAACUUGCUCCUCUGACAGGAUGAGAGUUAUUAUAAAUAAAUCCUACCUGGAAUCACUUAAAUACAAUGAGAGUAACUUACAACUAAAUGACCCAACUUGCAGACCAAAAGUAUCAAAUGUGGUGGAUUUUUCUAUCCCUCUUGAUGGAUGUGGUACAAUCAAAAAGGUAGAAGGUCCUUCAAUUACUUACACGAAUAGAAUCACCUCUAUUCCAUCCCUAACUUCUGAAUUGAUCACCCGUAAGAAACAUCUCCAGAUUGUUGUGAAGUGUGAAAUGGAAUAUAAUUCUACUGUGGAGAUAAUGUACAUAACAGAAGAUGACAUAAUACAAAAUCAAAAUGUGCUGGGCAGAUAUAACACAAGCAUGGCUCUUUAUGAAUCCAAUUCAUUUGAAAAGCCUAUACUGGAGUCACCAUACUAUGCGGAUUUGAAUCAAACUCUUUUUGUUCAAGUCAGUCUACACACCUCAGAUCCAAAUUUGGUGGUGUUUCUUGAUACCUGUAUCACCUCUCCCACGUCUGACUUUGCAUCUCCAACCUAUGACCUAGUCAAGAAUGGAUGUACUCGAGAUGAGACUUGUGAGGUAUAUCCCUUAUCUAGACACUAUGCAAGAUUCCAGUUUAAUGCCUUUAAAUUUUUGAGAACUCUGAGCUCCGUGUAUCUACAAUGUGAGGUUUUGAUAUGUGAUAGUAGCGACCAACAGUCUCGCUGCCAACAAGGCUGUGUCUCUAGAAGGAAGCGAGACAUUUCUUCAUACAAAUGGAAGGCUAAUUCCAUCGUAGGACCCAUUCGUCUGAAAAGGGAUCGAAGUGCAAGUGGAAAUUCAGGACUUUGGUAUCAAAUACAUCAAGAAGAAACUCAGAAUCAACCUUUCAACAGCCUGUAUCUAUGUUCAUUCAUGGUCCUUGCUCUGAAUGUUGUGAUUGUGGCUACAGUCAUAGCAAGGCAUUUUGUGCAUCAGAGAACAGACUACAAAUACCAGAAGCUGAGGAACUAUUAAAUUAAGGGUUCAGCCUUAAGUGAGACACAUUUCUCCUGAGUGCCGGAGGAAUGCCACCUAAUGGCUAUAUGCAUUUUGAAUAAAGUAGGGAGCAUCUCAUCAAAGUGAUGUACAGGUCCUCAUGUCAUUGUGGUCAGAGUGUGUUUCCUUGCAGGACAACUGAAAUGAACAGACAUUACGUAAG